CUUGAAUCCAUCACAAACUCCUGAUCCGGGUUGACAUCAGAGGUGAACUUUUCCUCUCGAGUUUCGACUGGAGCGACUCCGGACGUGGGAUGCUUUGGGGGUCGUUUAGCGAGAUAAAUAUGGGACGGGAGCGGCAGUUCUAACGGAGGAACAUUUCCUUGUUACGUGAUAAGGGAGAAAAAUGGAGAAUUCAAGUGAUUUUAACGCUACUGUUCCUUUAAUUUCCGCCGAAGCUCUGCGAGCGCAGAUUGUUCAAAAUCCGCUCCAGGCCUGUUGGAGUUGGAGCACAGCUAACGUUUGUAACUAUCUCCUGGGAAUCAUCAUCUCCAUAUGUGGGAAUGUCCUCAUCAGUGUUUCACUCAACAUACAGAAAUACGCCCAUGUCCGUCAGGCUCAGCGUGGCUCCAAGCCGUAUUACACGUCUGGGAUGUGGUGGUCUGGUGUCGUCCUGAUGGGCGUCGGGGAACUGGGGAACUUUGCAGCCUAUGGUUUUGCCCCAGCAUCACUUAUUGCCCCACUGGGCUGUGUGUCUGUGAUAGCCAGUGCUGUUAUAUCUGUGGUUUUCCUCAAGGAGACGGUUCGAACUUCUGAUGUAGUUGGUGGCAGCCUGGCCAUAACUGGAACGUACCUUCUGGUGACCUUUGCCCCCCACGCAUCCACACACAUCACAGCUCAUCUGGUCCAGUACUACGCCAUCAGCUGGCACUUCCUGCUUUACCUCUUCAUCGAGGUUGUCCUGUUCUGCAUUCUGCUCUAUCUGUACAAGAGGAGGGGUGUGAAGCACAUUGUCAUUGUGAUGCUGCUGGUGGCCCUGCUCGCCUCCCUUACGGUCAUCUCGGUCAAAGCCGUGUCAGGGAUGAUCACAGAGUCGAUAACAAGCCAGCUGCAGCUCAUCUACCCCAUCUUCUACGUCAUGCUCGUCGUCAUGGUGGCCUCCUGCGCUUUCCAGAUCAAAUUUCUCAAUCAGGCAAUGAAAAUGUUUGACGCCACAGAGGUGGUUCCCAUCAACUUUGUGUUUUUCACUGCGAGCGCCAUUGUUGCAGGGAUAAUAUUUUACCAGGAAUUUGAAGACUUGGCUUUGUUGAAUAUUUUUAUGUUCUUAUUUGGCUGUCUUCUGUCCUUCAUCGGAGUUUUCCUGAUAGCCAGAAACAGACCAAAGAUAAAGCAACAAGAUCGCACUUUUAUUCCAAUGGAUAAGAUUCCUGGGAGAAGGAACACAGACAAAGUGCAGCCCGAGGCAAAGACCCAAACAUACGGAUCACUGGCAGCCAAACUCAUGUGCAACAGAGCCGGCCAAACAGACGACUGAUAGGAAGCCUCUCCGUCUGUCAGGACUGCUGCUUUACUCAGUUUGGGAGUGAGCUCAGAUUUUACAGGGUUCAACAAAAACAGCACAAAUCUAGAAAAGAAAUGUUGCUCUGUAUAAUUGUCACCGCUGUCUGGAAUAUCCUGAUGAGGAAAGAUGAUUCGGAAAUUAAACUCUUCAUGAUGACUAAAACGUCAGACUAUCUUAUUGGCUGCAAUAAGAUCAAAAAAGAAUAUAGACAGAUUUUUGCAGACCUUAUGUCUCAAUAGUCUAUGAAUCAAAAUAAGUGCACUACUGCCCUCUAAUGGUAGGAAGAAAACACCUGAUUGCACUUGUUAUUCUUUAAUGAUCAAAUGUAAAUUCACCUAAUUUAAAAAUGGAAAGUAAAUUCUAGAGUAGUGUCUUCUUUUUCUUGUGUAAUGUAAAGACUUUGUUUAAAAGCACCAACCUCUUUUCUAACUUACCUUAGAAGCACCAGCCUGAAGCUUCACCGCCCAUCUUCACCUCGGGUAAACCUCAGACUGCACGCCUGGCUGAGCCGCUGCCAAACUGUAGCGUUGCCAAGCAACAAAACUCUUAUCUGCCACCUACACAUUAUGGGAUAUGUGGGAAACCACAGUUCAUGGCAGGGUUGCUAUAACAAGGCGCAAAGUUUAAGUAUCUGUAGUUUAAUGCAGUUGCAGAGCCUUACAGGAGUUCUGUCAGGUUACAGCCACACACUUUGUUUUAUUGAUGUUUUCUGUUUGAUCGACACAUUUUUUUUUUUCCGCUUUAGAGAGUAAUUGCUCUACUGAGCCACUUUUGAGCACAAUCAGUCUUUUUGGGGCAGAUCUCAACCAUGUUUGCACAUCUGCAGACCAGACAUUUCGCACAGUAUUGUUUAGGCAUCGGCUCAAACUCUAAUAGGAUAGAUUCUGCAAGCAUCAACUCUUUGAUAUUUUUAAUAUUGUGCUGGACUUUAAUUAGGCCAUUCUCCACAAUGAGAAUGUUUGGGGUUGUUCUCCUCAAAGGUGAACCUCCUACACAGUAUGGAUAGUAUGUUAAAAGUAGUUUGCAGCGGUUAUCAUUCUUGGAGUGCAAUUUAAAAAAA